AUGAAACCCACCCUCCUAGCAUCAACCACCCUCCUCCCCCUGGCCUCCGCCCUGGUCGGUCUGGAGUGGAAAGUAUCCAACGUGCCCACCGCCGGCCUGACAGACAUCACCUUCCCGAUCUCCAUCGCCAAUGCCCCGCACAAAACCGGCUACUACUUCGCCGAGCAGUUCGCCUUCACUGGCGCCUCGGACGUCGGCUACACAGGCCUGCAGCCGCGCCCCGAUGCCAACGGCGCCAGCAUCGUCCACGCCGUCUUCUCCAGCUUCGUCGCCGGGUCCACCUCCACCGACCCGAACUGCAGCGACGGCGCCGACGGCGGGCCCGGCGUCAGCUGCAGCGUGGAGAUUGCGGCGCCGUACGAGCACAUGUACCACCUUGUGAUUAAAAACACGUGCGGGACGACCUGGACAGGGACGCUGGUCGAUACGGUCCUGAAGAACUCGACGCAUAUUGGCAAGUAUACCCUACCGGCGGGGGCGGGAGGGAUCCAGGAUACCCAGCUCGGGUUUGUGGAGUAUUAUCCGUGGAACUCGGGGAGCCAUACCUGCGAUCAAUUACCGUAUUCGAAUGCUACGUUUGGGGCGCCGACGUCGAGUGUUGCGGGCACCGAGGGGAGCUUGGCCAAGCCGUAUGAGUAUGGGGAUUGUGUGGGCCAGGUGAAUUUUGAUGUGCAGGGUUCGGAGGCUGAAUGGGCGGUUGCGGUGGGAUUUUGA